UUAGUUGAUUUACGACACCAGUUGAAGGGGUGUAAUUUAAGGCAUAUAUAUUUCUAUAAUAUUUAUACUAAGGUAAUCAAGAUGGCUACGUAUUCUAAGUCAACUAUGGCUUGUGGUUCUGAUUCAUUUAUAGACUUUUAUUGUUCCUCUUGUUUAGAGCACACAAUUGACCAGCGGGCCGACGUUUACUGCGAAAACUGUCAGAAACUGUCAGAAACGUUACUGUUCAAACUGUAUUAAUCGGCAUGGUGCGUUGUUUGGAAAACAUGUGAUAUACGGAAGGGGAGACACACGUAAGUGGCCAUUGUCUAAGGAAGUGGAGGAUUUCCUUCAGAAAUGUGACCUUCAUGAAGACAAACGUCUGGAAUUGUUUUGUUCUGACCACAAUCAGCUUUGCUGCACGACUUGUGCUUUCUUCAAUCACAGACAAGUGCUAAAAUUACAUUAAUAUCCGAGUCAGUCAAAGGACCUCCCCAAGACGUGCAGCUACUAGCAAGAAAGAUCCAAACUAUUCUUGAAGACCUCGAAAAACUUAAGAAUUAUUGGGAUACAAAUAUGCAGUCUUUGCAGGAUUCAUACUACAAUCAAUUACAUGAAAUACAUGACACACGCAAUAAAAUGAAUACAAUUCUAUACAAGAUUAAAAAAAACACCAUGAAAGAGCUAGAUGAUAAGUUGACCAGUCUGAAAACAUCUGUCAUGACUGAUGCGGACAAUUGUAGCAAGCUUAAAAAUGAACUAAAACGACUCAGUAGCUCAACACAUAACAUAGUUGAUAAGGGUAAAGCAGAACUCACAUUUAUUGCAAGUAAUAAAUGUCUGGUAAAUAUAAAGCUGUCUGAUACUUAUCUGAAGAAGAAUUCAGUUCAAGUAGAAAGUUCACUGACAUUCCUGGCUGACAGUGAUGUUCAACAGAACUUGUCAAAAUUGUCAGGUCUCGGGAGGAUUGUACUUAGUAUCAAUAAAUUAUCAAUGCUAGAAGACCCAGACACGGUAUUCACUGUACAAGGGAUUUCAGAGUACUAUGAUGUGAGCAUACAAAGUGAUUCAAAGAGCUGCUAUAUCAAUGCAAUUUGUGUUCUAUCUGAUAAUAAGAUCCUUAUCGCCGAUGUUUCUAAUAAACGACUUAAGCUACUCAAUCAUCAAUACCAGGUGGUGGAUCAUUGUGAUUUAAGUGCUGCUCCACGGGAUAUCUGUCAAAUCACACCAAGAGAAGUAGCUGUAAUUGUGGAUCAGGAUGACACACAUGAGGUCCAGUAUGGGUCCGUGCACGUGAACGGUGGGCGGCUGAUUAAGACCAGAAACUUACGGCUUGAACAUGGAUGUAAUGGUAUUGCUUAUAAUCUGCAAGACCUGUAUCUUACUUUUGGCACUGUACUUUGCAAGAAUUCAAUGAGUGAUGGCCUGCUGAAAACCGUGUAUGAAGGUACAGGCUGGUACACAGUAUUUAAGUGUGCAGUGAGUCCUUCAGGUGACAAGAUAUUUGUCACUAACCUUCCCGAUCACGAGGGCCACACCCUGGCCACAGAUGGCACAGUUCUCCACAGCUUUACAGACCCAACCCUGAAAGAACCCUGUGGUAUACAUGUGACAGCGCUGGGACAGGUGCUGGUAUGUGGAUAUGGAUCAGACACUAUCCUACAGCUCGAUAGUGAAGGGAAGAAGAAGCUGGCAACUCUUGCUAUAACGAGUGAUGGAGUUAAUAACCCAAUGUCAGUCUGCUACAAUAAGAGCACAGCAUCCCUCAUUGUGGGACAAUCGUCGGGCAACAACAUCCUUGUGUUGAGAGUAAAAUAGGUGUGUUUGUGUUUUUUUUUCGCAAGUUACAAUACAAACAUUUUGGAACGUGCACUUUACAUGAAUUAUCGGCAACACCAAACUUGUAUUCAGUGUUAUGUUUCAUCAUGUAAUUCACCUGGAUGAUGUAUUAUCUUGCCUACUAAUGUCAAUCAUGAAUAUGUUUGAAAAGGUACAUUUAUAAUGAACUUUGAGAGCAUGGAUCUAGCAUUUAGUGUUAUAUGUCAAUGCAGAAUUCUUGAAGGAUUAUAUAGUGUGUUGCCAUACAAUUUAAUACAUACUACCAUAUAUUGCGGAUAAUUAUUUUUCCUUUUUAAUUGUAUAUAAUCAAUGUUUUGUCAUGCCCUAGAUCGUUCAUGUAAACAUGUGUACAUGUACAUUGUUCAUUUUUAUCGUUUAUGUUUUGAAAUGAAAUGCCUAUGAGACUGUUGUUUCAUGAUUUCAUAUGAUGUA